AUGACACCUACAAAGGUUGCUUUGAAUCUCAUGUGUCUGUUUCUGGGGGGAUUGGCUCCGGUGGUGAAUUUGACACGAUCGGCAUCCCUGUCUGUAAUAUCAGCACGUGUUGGGGGCAGCGUGACCUUGCAGUGCUCCCCUAAAAAUCACAAUGCAGAGUGGUUCUACUGGUACAAGCAAACAGCAGGAAACAAGCUACAACUUGUAUCUUCGUAUUAUGAAUUCAAUGGGGGAAGGUUAUACAAUGAAUUCAAGGAUUCACGCUUCAAAUUGGAAAGUGACAAACAGAAAAAUAACUUGACUAUUUCAGAUUUACGCAUGGCAGACUCAGCUACGUACUACUGUGCGAGUGAGGAUUCAAGGAACUUGGAAUUUGAGGAGGGUACUGUCGUCAACAUAGAGGGUUCGGGCACAAAUGUCCGAGCUUUGGUCCGACAGCCGGCAACCUCUUUCAGUGUCAGCUGCACGCUAAACAGCAACAGCUGUGAUGGAGAACACAACUUUUCCUGGUUUAGAAACUCAGAAGAAUCUCAUCCAGGUAUUAUUUACACUCACAGAGCCAGGACUGAGGAGCGUGAGAUGAAAAUCAAGACACAAGCCUGCAUCUACAACCUCCCGGAGAAGAGUGGGGCUCAUCCGGAUUACUGCGCUGUCGCAUUGUGUGGGCACAUUCUGUUUGGGAAUGUGAACAACUCUAAAAAUGAGUCGGAAUCUACUCUUUUGGUGUAUUUCUUAAGCGGUGGUUUGGCAUUCAACAUCAUCCUGGUUGUUUUUAUGGUUUUCUUGAUGAAGAAAGGAAAUAUCUUACAGUGCUCAGCAAAUUCACAGGAAAGAGUUUCAGCUGCGCCGCCUCCACAUCCAGAGGACAUUCAAACAGCGGAUGACCUCCAUUACACUGCUUUAAGUGAAUUCAAAGUCAGCGGAUCAAAAAGCAGAAGAGAUAGCUGUAAAAGCCACUGUGUGUACUCAGCUGUGAUGCAGUAGACUUGUUUCAUCUACUGUGGGUGCUAAUUUUAGUUUCGCCUGAGGUGUACUCAAAUUAUUGUGGCAAAAUUUGCGCAAAUGUGGUGACAUUUAUGUGUGCAGCCAAUGAGUGUGGAGUAAGGCCAUGAAAGCACCCUAUGAUGCAGGGGAAGCUAAUGCUAAUAGCAUGUGUCAACACUUCCAAAAUUGUGAAACAAGAAAUUAGCUUCCAGAAAAUUAUUUUGUGCAUCACGAAAUGUCAGCUUUAAG